UACCACUGUAUUGUGGAAGGAUAUUUUCUUAGUUGUCUGUGUAGGUCUGGCGAAACAGAGUUAUCAGCAGGCGUUUGAAAGGUGGCACAGAAGGUGCCCGCUAAAUCUCUUGACUGGGCCAUUGACUUCUAAGGCUGGUUUUCUUGUCAAAUGAGCCUCACCAGUUAAUUCGUGGAACCACCUAUGUUCCUGCAGGUGAUCUCAGUGACUGAGCUAGGAUUUAAGGGUUCAGUUGGUCUCUGAGGUACCAUGGACCUAAGUGGUUCAGUGCUUUGUAAAUUAACACAGGAACCUUAAAUCUGGCUUGGCGGUAAGUGGGCAGCCAAUUGUCAAUUUUUUUUACGGACCUGAACCUUUUGGGCUGGGCUGAAAAUAUAUAGAUGCAACAAAAUAUACAGUAGAGAGAAAUGAAUCGAAAGCAAAAGCAGAAAUCUAGGCAAUAGUCACAGCACAAGGGAAGUGGCUGUUUUCACAGAAAGCUCUAAGUGUGGGCAAAAUGCAUUUCUGGACAAGAAUUAGUCCAUUAGCCUCUCACAAGGCAUGCCAGGAAAAAGCAGAACUCAUAACAGCCUAGCUGCAGGAUGAAUGAAGUAGAAUGUUUCCUAGGGUAGAUAGGCAGACAUCAUUUAUGGGAAAUGACUAAUGCAUGAAGGGGGUGGCUAAGGAAUGGGAGGGGGGGAAACUCAAGCCAUGUGAGACACUGCCUUUCGAAAUUUUCCUGCUGGUUCACCACACAACAAAAGGAUAUGGUCUGUACCAUAUCGGCUUCCGGCAAGGAACCAGAGGCACCACUGGCCACAAAUCUGAACACAGGGAUCAGAAGAAAGAAGCCUGAAUUUUCAGCUGUAAACACACCUUAAAUGCUGAGGUCAUCUUGACUGCCUUGCUCCAGGGAGCUGCCACCGAGUUCACAGUCUCUUCGCUGAUUUCCUUCUUUCUGGUGAAACCUACAUAAGAUCUGGACUUUGGAUAUCCUUAAUUCUUCUUUUGUUCCAGCCCAGGAAACAUGAAACUUCAGAAACUUAUCUUAUCUGUCCUUGCACUCACCUUUAGCACCAUCUCCUUUUUUAUCGGGGUUUUGAUUGGGAAAGGACCGACCCACUACCUUCCAUAUUAUCUUCCAUGCCCAGAUCUCUUUGCUUUGAAACUACAGUACAGAGAGGAGAAUUCGCACCAGCUUUUCCCACAAUUCUUUUAUCCACAGCCAAAGUCUGUGCAACAGACGCGCUCUGAUGUGCUCACCGUGACUCCGUGGCUGGCCCCCAUUGUCUGGGAGGGGACAUUCAACCCUGAAAUCUUGGACAGCAUCUACAAGCCUUUGAACCUUACCAUUGGAAUGACUGCCUUCGCCGUUGGAAAAUACAUACGAUUUGUGAGCCAUUUUUUGGAGUCAGCUGAACAGUACUUCAUGGUGGGAUACCAUGUGAACUACUACAUCUUCACAGACAACCCCAAAGACAUCUCCGUUGUCCGCCUGCAGCCUGGGAGAACCCUCCACCUCAUCCCUAUAAAGAAAUAUGCCCACUGGCAAGAAAUCUCCAUGCGCAGGAUGGAGGUCAUAAACCGGUACAUCUCAGAUACAGCCCACCGAGACGUGGACUAUCUCUUCUGCCUGGACAUUGACACGUUGUUUCAUAACCCGUGGGGCCCAGAGACCUUGGGGGAGAUGGUGGCCGUGAUCCACCCAGGCUACUACAAGGUCUCUCGGACAGCAUUCCCAUAUGAGAGGAGACCUGCUUCCAUGGCCUACAUCUCUAAGGAAGAAGGAGACUUCUACUAUUCCGGGGCGGCCUUUGGAGGCCUGGUCAAGAAUGUCUACGAGUUCACCAGGGCUUGCCACAUGGCCAUAUUGGCAGACAAGGCCAACGGCAUCAUGGCAGCUUGGCAAGAGGAGAGUCAUCUGAACAGGCACUUCCUUUCCCAGAAGCCUUCAAAGCUCCUCUCUCCGGAGUACCUUUGGGACGACAAAAAGUCAAAACCACCUGAGCUGAGACUCAUACGGUUAUCAUCAUUGAGCAAGAAUUAUAGGGAGGUCAGGGACUGACCCUCGUUGGGUCCAUCUUGGCCUCACUCUGUAUUUCUGGGCAGGGGAGCCCUUGGGAUCAAAUUAUUUGGACCUGCAGAUCCAUUGCGGAGUUGGCAAAAUCAGACACAUCCCCCAACCCCUGCUGAGAGUGCCACCCCUUUCUCACAGGCUCUGGACCUGGUGUCUUCCAUGGUGACACUAGGGCUCUCCCAGUUUGUUUUGGGCCUCACACAUCAAGCAGACUACACGCUGGAUUUGAUCUUUGGCACAGGCAUAGAUGUGAUCAUGUCCCCCUCUAUGGAGGUGCCAUGGUCUGAUCACUAUGCUCUGAAAGCCCGGAUUGACUUCCCGCCCCCACCCUGCUUAGGUGGUGAGUCGAUUUGGGCUCGGUGCAGAGGCUGAUGGACCCUGAUGGAUUCUGUCAGGCCUUGCGGGAUCCUGCUCCCCCUGGCGACUCACUGACUGAGCUUGUUGAGGGUUGGAAUACCUGACGCUUGGCGGCCAUAGAUGAGAUCACACCUAGGCACCCUCUGCAACCCCACAGAAACCGGGCCCCUUGGUUUACUGAGUUGCUCAGACAGCUAGAGCGAGUAUGGCAGAGUACUCGUGACGGAGCCUCAAGAACAUCUUAUAGGGUGUUUAUGAAAACCUAUGAGAUAGCAGUGAAGACUGCAAACAAGUCUUACUUCUCAGCAUCCAUUGCAUCCGCUAGCUCUCGCCCCGCGCAACUUUUUAGUAUAAUUAGGUCUCUAACAUCCCUAGAGGGACAGCCAAAUUUAAAUAUGAAUCAGGCACAUAGCUGUGAGGCAUUUGGGAGCUUUUUUGCGGAGAAGGUCCUGUUGCUCCACCAUGACCUCCCUGCCAACUUGGAUACAAUAACGGAACUGGAGGCACCUUGAUUGUCCUCAGGUCCAGUACUGGACCACUUUGACCAGAUACUGCCAGCCGAUGUGGACAGACUCCUCCAUGCCAGAAAGCCCACCACUUGUCCUCUUGACUUGUGCCCAUCCUGGCUGAUUUGAGCAUGUCCAGACGAGUUGCAGGCCCCCCUGGGUGACAUCAUCAAUUUGUCCCUUGGCACCGCUCUUAAAGAAAACACCAUUAGAUCCUUUAGAUCUAUUCAAUUCCCGCCCAGUUUCGAAUCUUCUGUU